AUGAAAAGUUAUAAAGUGAACACAUUCUUAAAAAAAUGUCAAAAACCAGGACAAGAAUAUAAAAUUGAAUGUAUUGUUUGUGGAGCAGCAUUCAGCAUUGAACAUGGUGGUAAGUCUGAUAUUACAUAACAUUUAAAAUCGGAACGACAUAAUAUAGCUGCUAGAGCGUCUAAAUCUCAAAAAUUGUCAAUUUUUUUUUUUCCAAAAACACAAUUUGCUGAUAAAGAACAAAAAUUAGCUGCAGAUGAAGGAAUUGUUGCUUAUCAUACUUGUAAACACAGUCAAAGUCUCAAUUCUAUGGAUUGUACUUCUCAGUUAGUUCGUAAAUUAUAUGAGGAAAAAUUUACUUGUGGUAGAACUAAAACAAAAUCUAUCAUCACUAAUGUAUUUUUACCCUAUGCUGUUAAUGUUUUAAAAAAAGAUUUACUCAAGUGCAAUUUUGUAUCAAUUAUGACUGAUGCAUCUAAUCAUAAUUCUCAAAAAAUGAUACCCAUUCUUGUUUGCUAUUUUCUACCUGACGAAGGAGUUAAAAAUAAUAUUUUGGAAUUCAAUGAGCUUCCGGUAGAAACUGCAUCACUAUUAACGCAAUAUAUAUCAUCAAUACUUCACGAAUGGAAAGUCGAAAAUAAAGUUAUUGCUUUUUCUGCAGAUAACACUAAUUGUAACUUUGGUGGUGUAGCUCGAAAUGGAAAAAAUAAUGUAUUUUAUAAACUUAAAGAGAUUUUUAAUAAAGAUUUAAUUGGAGUAGGCUGUGCUGCACAUAUACUUAACAAUGCAGUACAAUCAGCCGCAGACACAUUACCAAUUGAUGUACAGGUUAUAAUUGGAAAAAUUUUUCAACAUUUUUAUAUUUAUACAGUUCGAGUCCACGUUCUUAAAGAAUUUUGUGAAUUUGUUAACAUUGAAUACAAAACCGUUUUAGGACAUUCUAAAANAGGCCAGAGACAUUUCUAUAAUUGAGGUUAAAUAUCAUGUUGAGUCUAUAAUUAAAAAAAUUGAAUCUCGUAAAAAUGAAAAUUUUUUUGCAUCAAAAGAACGAGAAGUAUCAAAUGCAUUAAGAGAUGAAGCAGUUUUAUCUGAAAACAUGUAUAUUAACUAUCCUAACACAUUUUAUGAUACAUGUUUAGAAUAUUUAAAAGAAUGGUCAAAUCCCACUUUAAGUAAAUUUGAUAGUUUAACGUGGAUUACAUUUAAAAACAUUGAUCAUGAUUUUAAUUGGGUUAAUAUUCAAACUACUAUUGAAUUAAUCAAAAAUAUUAUUCCCAAAAACAAUUUAAUUAAUGAGGCUCAUUUAUUUGAUGAAUUUACAAUGAUUAAAGAAUGUGUAAAACACAAUGAAAAUAUUCAAUCCUUUAAAACUUUAUCAGAAAUGUGA